AUGCUCACCUCGUUCCUCUUUUACCCGUCUUUGGGUUACAACUUGCUGCGCAAUCAAAUACAACCGAAGAAAUGGAUGUGGUACAAUAGAAUAGACGACGGCCUCGUGCUGGGCGCAAUGCCGUUCAAAUCGAUGAAAGAGGAUUUGAUAAAGAAAGAAAACGUCGGAGGAGUGGUUUGCUGCACGGAGCCUUACGAGCUGAAAGCCGCCUGGAAAGCGAUGAACGGAGAUGAUUGGAAAGCUGAAGGUGUCGAGUUUCACGCGAUCCCGAUGACCGACUUUUUUGGCUCAGCUGCGAGGGGAGAACUUCAAAAGGCGGUCAACUUCAUGAAAGAAAUAAACGAUAAAGGGAAAUCCGUUUAUGUGCAUUGUAAGGCUGGCCGAAUGCGUUCAGCGACGGUAGCGACGUGUUAUUUGAUGCAAAAGAAAGAUUGGCUACCAAAUGUCGCCUUUGAGUUUAUUAAAGGGAGUAGACCACAGGUAUUGCUGCGAAGUACACAAUGGCGAACGGUAAACGAGUAUCGACGUUGGUUGGACACCCAUCCCCAAUUCGUCUUUUCACAUUCUUCAUUUUCAUCCAAUUCCGGUAAAGCC